CUGGUUUCUAAACUCAGAGGAGCUUGUAUUGGCAGUUUGAACAAUCUCAAGGAUUUGGAUGGAAAGGAAUGAUGAUUAUCAAAUAGGCAUUAUUUGCAACUGAGUUAAAAAUAUGGAUGACGUUCCGACAAGAUUUCUGUCGACUCUUGCAACAGACGACGUUGAUUCGUUGAAUGAUUUCAUCUCUGAUAAUCCCGAGCUAUCCUCUCACGAACUUCACCAAUUUGCAAUACUCACCAUUCUAUCAAAUUGUGUCAACAGCUUUAAGCUGUUCGUGAGACUCUUGGAUGAACCGAGUCUAUCAAUGACAAGUGAAAGGCACUCGGAGCCCCUCCUGCACACGACAGUCUUGCACCAAAGGCAAAAUAUGGCAAAGUUCCUCUUAGAGAAUGGAUACGAUGUUAACUCAAUUAAUGAUGCAAAGGAAACUCCCCUCAUGAUAGCGUCAAGAAUUGGGUGUUUGGAUCUGAUUACUAUGUUACUCAGGGAAGACCCAGAUGUUGCAGUCCGAGACCAGAAAGGACGAGCUGUGUUCCAUCUUUUAGCAAGAUCUGGAUCUGUUGGUUGCAUGGCGGAGAUGCUAAAGCACGUGACUCCAAAUCUACAUGUUAUGGGAUCAUUAAUUAAUUCCAGAGAUAUAGAUGGCAUGACGGUACUUAUGUAUGCUUCCAUAGACGGUCAUGUUGAGAUGGUGAGCCAACUAGUUGAUGUGGGUGCUGAUGUGAACAUUGUGGAUGAUAGAAACAAAACAGCAUGCCACUGGGCCGCCAGAAGGGGGCACAAAGCCUGUGUUGAAAUGCUACUAUCACAUGGGGCUGAUAUUACUGCAAGAGAUUGUGACAAACGUACCCCCUUAGUCCUAGCAGUAGAAAGAGGGCAUCGUGUUGUUUUAAAUUAUACACUUACAAAAUACGAAGAAAUGUUUUUUAAAUCAUCCAAGGCCAAACCGAAAUUAAAGAAGGACUUGUAUGAAGGACUACCGUAUAGGCAACAGUUUGAUCUGAAAAUGGCUCUGAUAGCAUCAGUUGCUGAAGGCCACGCAGCUUGCACUGAAUUACUUCUUGAUGUUGGAACUCCUGUAGAUUGUAGCGCCACGUCAACCUCUGAUGGUAACUUUGUUCCUAUAUCUCUAGAUGAACACAAAGUAGGGGCAAGCAAUGUUAUGAAAGAAUUGAGCUUCACGUCAGACUCUACGUGGCAAUGUAGAAGCCUUCACAUUGCUUCUGCUAGAACAAACCAUAUAUGUUGCAAAUUAUUACUAGACAGAGGCGCUGAUCCCAAUCAGGUUGACUCGGAUGGUAAUACGCCACUGGUUUAUGCAGUUGGUAAAGGUGAUCUUGAAAUAGUUAAAGAAUUACUUAGCCAUAAUGCAGACCCUGAUAUCAAUGGUAAUGUAUGUGGGAUUACAUGCUCACCAUUUGACGUAGCAGCAACGUAUGGCAGCAUGAAGAUCAUGCUUUGUUUGGCGGUAUCCGGGGCGAAGAUUAAUGUGUCUGCUGAUUGGAUGAAUAGUAAAGGAAGUGACGCAUGUGAUCAUGUACACCAUCACGCAUUAUAUGCAGGAAAGAUAUCUUGGCUAUGUGACUUCGUAUGUCAUCCGAAGCCAUUACAAGAACACUGCAGAUAUACUUUGAGGAAGUUGCUGGGCAAUAAUAUUCAUGGGAAGAUUAAAUCAUUAUCUCUGCCAAGAACACUGAAAGAUAUUUUGAGCAUUAAAGAAUUAAACGAUAUCAACUAAGAAUUGUGUUGAAGUACAUUGACAAGCUUAGUUUCAUAAAUUCAUCUUCAGUAUAGAGUGGGAACUGAAGAUCAUGUAAUUAUCCGAUGGCAAAGCUGACCAACAUUUGUCCAAACGAGAGCUGGGACUUAAGUUUUUCGUCGACGCCUUCUCUGAAGAUCUUUUGUACUCAGGAUAUCAAAUCAGUUUAGAAUUGUGCCAUUUCACCAUGUUUCAACUUGCUAGGCUCGAAUCCGAAGUCAAAUAAGAAUCUGAAAUACAAAAAUGAGCUGUUGACCUGUCUAGUUACAUAACGUGUAUCAUGAAAGUUGUAUCGCAGUCCUCAGGUGACAAUGCUACAUUUUCAGAAUAAUAUGGCUUUUCGAUCGUGACUGUAUUUGUGCAAUUGAUAAGACACUCACCUUUAACCUGUCAUAACAUCAUCGUUUUGUCAAGAGGCCAAUUAUGUUUAAAGCCACAAAUUUAUUUAUCAUGUCAUUGUUGAGAUUAUGCAGGCAAAAACUGAUCGCUAAAAAGAGAAAUUCUGCGACAUUUCAUGUGAAUGAGACCUAGAAAGCGACAUGUCAACAUGAUUCGGCGUUUUCCCUCAACUAUUGUGCAUACAUUUAACUACAUUUGGAACAUUAUAUGAGCACGUCGUUAUCUUGUAUAUUAUAGUUGUCAAAUCAAAGUGUUUGAAUCGUUCACUAAUCGACAAGAAAUAAAUAAAUAAUUUUCAAAUUACGAACAAUUGCUAAAUUAGUAAAAACCGAUUACUGUAGUUUGACUUCCAUUGUCGUUUUUCAAAAUUAUUGUGACACGUUUAAUGCAUCAAUUAGUAUCUUCUCUAGGUAUAGCAUCUGUAAGAGCUUUCAAUUUUUGUGGAAGAAUGUUAUGUCAGAUGGCACAAUCAUAUGUAUGACAUGUCUGCUUAAGAUAAUUAUGUUUUUGUUCAUUGUAGAUCGGAUAUGUUUGCUGUAAAAUGUUUCAUAACCCGAUGUAGGCGGGGUUGAUUCACUUACCACCAUAAAUAAUGCAAUGCAAUUAUGUACUUUUUAAAACGUUUGUCCAAAGUCU